CGCUGGGGCAUUCACCAUGAAGGUGGCGUCUGUGUCCCGGGCCAGCCGGCCUCCCUCGCUGGGCCAUAUUGCGGUGGUGGUGGACCACGGCUCGGGCUUCACCAAAGCAGGCUUCGCAGGCGAGGCCCAGCCGCGCGUUGUGCUCAAGAGCUCCAGCCUGGUGCCCAGCUGGGAUCGGCCUGUGCUGCCGGGCGAGCCGGGCUGCGAGCUGGCGGGUGGUGUGGCGCGCGCACAUCCCAUCAAGCACGGCGUGGUGGUGGACUGGGAGGCGCUGGAGAGCCUGUGGGAGCGCCUGCUGGUGGGGGGCCUGCGGGUGUGCCCGGAACAGUGGCCCGUGCUGGUAAGCGACUCCCCCUCGGCGCCACCUGAGGGCCGCGAGAAGGUGGCGGAGCUGCUGUUCGAGGCCUUGGCGGUGCCCGCGUGCCACGUGGCCAGCACGGCGCUGCUGGCGCUCUGCUCGGCCGGCGCGCUCAGCGGGCUGGCGGUGGAGGCGGGAGCGGGCGUGUGCCACGCCACCCCUGUCUACGCAGGGCACUCGUGGCUGCAGGCCACCUUCCGCCUGGAUGUGGCAGGCAGCACCCUGUCACGCUACUUGCGGGAGCUGCUGGUGGCUGCGUGUCCCGACCUCCGAUUGCAGGGCCUGCCGCGCAAGACCAUAACACAGCUCAAGAAGCGCUGCUGCUACGUGUCACUGGACUUUGAGGGCGAUCUCCGUGACCCUGCCCGCCACCAUCCGGCCAGUUUCCGAAUGGGAGAUGGGAGCUCCGUGUGCCUCGGCAGCGAGCGCUUCCGUUGCCCGGAACCUAUCUUCCAGCCGGGGCUGAUAGGCCAAGCUGAGCCAGGGCUGCCCACGCUGGCCUUCCAGGCACUGCAGAAGAUGCCCACGAUGCUCCGGAAACGGCUGGCCGACACCGUGGUACUGGCUGGGGGUUCCACGCUUUUUCCCGGCUUUGCUGAGCGCCUGAACCUAGAACUGGAGGCGCAGUGCCGACGGCACGGCUACUCGGCCCUACAGCCCCACCUGGUGGCAAAGUCUGGGCGCGGCAUGGCUGUGUGGACUGGAGGCUCCAUGGCGGCCUCCCUGCACUCUUUCCAACGCGGCUGGAUGACUCGGGCCAUGUACCAGGAGUGCGGCCCCAGGCUGGUGCACAAAGUGUUCAACUGACAGGAAGUUUGGGGGGGUAGAGUGCCACCAGGGAACACCGCAGGGACAGAAGCUCCAGGCUGAACUG